GUUCCUGUGAAGGCGCGCGUGCGCGGUUGUCUGGGCAAAGUGGCAGCUCAGACACACAUCGUCAUUCAGAGGUGCAGCGCGAGAGACCGGACACAACGCACCGCCGCUCCGCUGGUAGCCGACUGGAUUAACGAAACCUGAUUUUAAAAGAAGUGCACAAGAAAGUGGGACAAAGUUAUGGAUGAAAGAAUACCGAGAAUGCAAGGCAGACAGUUCCUGGAUCACGCGGAUUUCUUGGGGGUUGAAUAUUCGUCUCUCUACAUGUGCAAAUCCAAAAGAGGUGUGAAGAGAGAGGAAGGAAAGGACGCGUAUAAGUUACCACACAGACUGAUCGAGAAAAAGAGGAGGGACCGAAUAAAUGAAUGUAUUGGGCAGCUGAAAGAUUUAUUACCUGAACAUCUGAAACUUACGACUCUUGGUCACUUGGAAAAAGCGGUAGUUCUUGAGUUGACGCUGAAGCAUCUGAACGCGUUGACAGCUGUCACAGAGCAACAGCACCAGAAGAUCAUCGCUUUGCAGAACGGUGAGCGAUCGUUGAAGUCCUCCCUCCAGGCUGACUUAGACACGUUUCACUCAGGCUUUGAAGCAUGUGCCAAAGAAGUCCUGCAGUAUCUGAACAAGGUCGAGAACUGGACGGCGCGUGAGCAGAUGUGCACGCGACUCAUUAACCACUUACACAAAGUUUCCGUGCCGUUUCAGCCGGGCGCAGGGUUCCUGCAGCAGCCAUUGCCAGGCGACGACGCUCCAGAGCGGGACGUGCAGACAGAUACUCAAGCCAACUGUGUACCUGUCAUCCAGAGGACUCAGAACCUCGAGCUUAACGAGAACGACACGGACACCGACAGCGGAUACGGAGGAGAGGCAGAGAAAGGCGAUGGCAAAUGCGAGAAAGGAUGUGACACGGCCAAAGGAGUAAAGAUCAAGCAGGAGUUCGGAGAUGAACGUGUCACUAAAAAAGCCAAAAUGAACUGGUCUGCGAACGGUGGGUCAGAUUCCACCAAUACCCGGCCGGACAUGGCGUUAAUGAACUCUUUAAUUGGAAUGACGGGUGUUGGUGGACAACAAACUCCUUUUUGCAUGCCGUUUUACUUUAUAAACCCGUCUGCAGCAUCGUACAUGCCUUUGUUUGAUAAGAGUCACUUGGAGAAGUUGGUGUAUCCAGCAGCGGCGCUGACCACCCCGUUCCCGUGGCUUUACCCCGGGAUUCCCACACACACCUCCGCUGCAGCCGCAGCCGCAGCCGCUGCUGCCAUCGCUUUCCCUAGUGCACCCGCCGAUAAAACCUCUGGAUUUAAUGCAGCAUCCUUAAAAGAUGACGAGCCGCCAUCUCCCGAUGGUGACCUGUCCAACGAGGCCGACCUGGCCUCUCCUGUGUCUGGGGAUCAUCAUGGCUCAAAGAGUGUUGCCAUUCAUCAGCCCCAAAGAAAUGAAAAUGAUGGUACAUAAAGCUGAUCUUUUGACCUUUGUGUGCACACUAGUUUGCUUGUAAAAUGGCUAUUUAUCUGUUUAUCUUAAUU